AUGGCAACUUGGAGUACUCAUAGGAUCUUCAGUUCUCACGCACAAGGUCACAACCUUAAGCCUUCGGUUUCGAACAAUAAUUUUGAUCAUUUAAGGACCUCAAAUCCAUCCAUGAUCAAGGUGGAGCUGCCUGAGAUUCCCAGUUUAGUACUAAAAGCUGCUUCCAGUAUCAUCAAAACCAGUUCAGUCAAGUUAUUAGAUGCGUUCGUUGAUUCAGCAUUUCAAUUUGUUGAUCAACCUUUGCUUCCAUCCCAGAGUAACUUUGCUCCAGUUGAAGAGAUUGGUCACAGAGUCGCGGUGGAUGUUGCUGACGGAAAUAUUCCAGAUGAUUUUCCUCAAGGGGUUUAUGUCAGAAAUGGUUCGAACCCCAUGUUUGGAGCCCAAAAAACAGCAAAGUCAAUGUUUGGAAAAUCAAAUGAAAUAUGGGUGGAAGGCGAAGGGAUGCUUCAUGCAUUGUACUUCUCCAAAGAUAGCCAUGGCGAAUGGACAGUCUCCUAUCACAACAAGUACAUCCAAUCGGAGACUUAUGAAUUACAGAAGCGCAGAAACAAACCCGCCUUCCUUCCGGCAACUGAAGGCGAUUCGCUGGCCGUCUUAUCUGCUCUCAUUCUAAAUUCGUUGAGGUUUGGUCGACCAGACAAACUUCUGAGCAACACCAAUGUGUUUGAGCAUUCGGGAAAGUGUUACACGAUAUCGGAGAAUCAUAUGCCACAAGAAAUCGACAUUUCUACUCUCAACACUAUAGGGAAUUGGAAGCUUAGUGCCAUUUGGAAUCGGCCUUUCACUAGCCACCCUAAGAAAGUUCCUGGUACGGGGGAGCUUGUUAUCAUGGGAUUUAAUGCGCAGAAACCAUAUCUUGAAGUUGGAGUUCUAUCAGCUAAUGGACAGAAAUUCCUCCAUAGAGUGGACCUCAAAUACAAUAGAUGUACAUUUUGUCAUGAGAUUGGGGUUACCCAAAAAUUGAUUAGGUUUGAAAAGGAACAAAUCGCCAGGAUUGGAGUAAUGCCUCGUUAUGGAACCGCUGAUUCGAUUAAAUGGUUUGAGGUCGCAACUGCCAGUGUGUUCCACUUAUUCAAUUGUUUCGAAGAAGAAGAUAAUGAGGUUGUGGUAAGAGGAUGUCGAGCUCAGGGAUCGAUCAUACCAGGACCUGACUUAGGGUUGAACAAGUUUGAGUGGUAUUCUCGAGGAUUCAAACUUGUGAACUCUGUUGAUCAGAAGGAAAUAAAUUCCCAAGAUGGAGCCCUAUUUAGUUGUGCUUAUGAAUGGAGGUUGAACAUGGAAACUGGAGUGGUUAACGAAAGAAAUCUGACAGGAGACGAGUUCUCCAUGGAUUUUCCAAUGAUUAAUGAAUCUUUCGUGGGUACCAAGAACAAAUUUGGUUACGCACAAGUCGUCGAUUCAUUUGGAAGCUCUAAUGCAGGCACAGUGAAGUAUGGCGGGCUGGCCAAGCUCUAUUUUGAUGAAAAUCAAAUUGGCAAUGAGGAAAAGGUAAAGGUUGAGUAUCAUAUGUUGCCAAAGAACACAUAUUGCUCGGGAGCUACAUUUGUUCCAAAAACAGGACUAGGUCUUGAAGAAGAUGAUGGCUGGAUUAUUUCAUUUGUCCACAAUGAAGAUGAUCACAAAUCUGAGGCCUACAUAGUUGAUGCCAAGAGAUUUUCAAGCCAGCCAGUAGCUAGAAUUGCACUGCCAAGUAGAGUGCCAUACGGGUUCCAUGGAACUUUUGUAUCCGCGUGA